AUGCUCCCCUGUGGAGUCCUCCAUCGACAACAAGGGCAAGAAGAAGAGGCAUUGCCGAGCAGGGCCGAAGAACCCACGCCUCCCAACCAGAUUAUCAAGGACCUGAACUGGGCUCUACAGGAAAUCAGAUCAGGAGAGACCCCACUACAGAGCGUUUCCUUCCACCUCCAGCAGGGAAGCACCGGGGCUUACCAAGAGACAGAGAGCUCCAUGACCAUCAAAAUAUCAACUGGAGAAGACAGCACUGAUCUUUUCUCUCAGAUCCUCUCAGCAAUGGCAGUGGAGAGAGAGACCCUCCAGUCAAUCCAAAACCUGGAAUUCCACGGUGUCGAAUGGGGAUUGGAGGAGCUCAGGCAUCUUGGUUACCUGGUAGAUAAAAGAACCGACAGAGUGACGCUUGUGUUCCGGAGGAAUGCUUUCGGGGUGCAGGGCUUCUCUCUGUUUGCAGAAAUACUGAAAGUGGAUCGCAGAAUCAAAGCGAUUACGCUCUCAGAAUGCAGAAUCGGGGCCUUUGAAGUAGGGUGCCUUUCUUCCGCCCUGAGGAGGAACGAGACUCUAGAGGAGCUCCAAGUAUGGGGGGACACUGUGGGUUCCAAAGGCGCGGAAGAACUGUCACAAAUGAUCGAGGUGAACUCGUCACUUAAGCAGAUAACAUUAGAAGAUGAAAAUUCCGCCUCAACGGCGCCAGUAAUUGCGGCAGUGCUGGCGAGAAACCGGGCAAUGUCAGUCCACAUAUGGAACAGGGAGGGCAAGAACAUGAGAUCAAAGGUGGCGGAGUUCAUACCCGAAACAUGUACUCUGAGAAUUCACAAGCUGAAGCCCUCUGGUUCUGAGAGAGUUGCAUGCGCUCUGGGUUGGAACACGACAGUGAGUACUCUCAACAUGGCUGGAGUUCGGCUGUCAACAAAGUGGACGAAGGUGUUCAGAGAGAUCUUAGAGCAAAAUAGAAGCCUCAAGAGUGUGAUCCUGUCGAGAACAUGUCUAAGAGACAAGGCAAUUGUGUAUGUGGCUGCUGGACUAUUCAAGAACCAAUCCGUGGAAAAUUUACAUCUUGACGGAAAUAGGUUUGGAGGGAUGGGCCUUGAACAUCUGUUGUGUCCAUUGAGCAGGUUUUCUCGAUUACAGAACCAGGCAAACACAGCUCUGAAAUCCAUUGCAUUUGGAGGAGGAAGGACGAAGAUAGGAAGGGAAGGGAUUGCUGCAAUCUUGCAGAUGCUGGAGACAAAUCAGACAUUGGUCCGAUUGGGAAUCUAUGACGAUCAAAGCCUGAGACCUAAUGAUAUAAUUAGAAUAUUCAAGAGUUUGGAGAGAAAUUCUACCUUGAGAUGUCUAUCACUCAGAGGCUGCAAAGGCGUUGAUGGGGAGUUAGUAUUGCAAGCAAUCACGGAAACAUUACAGGUGAAUCCAUGGAUAGAAGAGAUUGAUCUCGCGGGAACUCCUUUGCAGAUUGCUGGAAAGAGUGAGAGUAUUUCUCAGAAGCUGGGGCAGAGAGAAAGGACGGAGCAUGAGGAUGAGCAGUUCCGCGACUUGCCACGGGCUGCACCAAUGAGUUGCAGAAUCUUCUUCUGUGGACAAGGAUAUGCAGGUAGUGCUGGAAACGAAAAAACCAAGGUAGUUGUGUUCAUAUACUUCAAUGCAACUACAUUCAAGGGGUCUGAUAAAUAGGGUUUUACUCAUAUGCUCGAAUUAUUCUGAAGAGUUAGAUUAGCCAAAUUCAAUUUUUCAUACGUAAUUAUGUGUCUCCAAGUGGAUUUCAAAAUUAUCCCCCCUGUGGACUGUCUCAAGAAAUCCUUUAAAAACCUUGAAACAUUCUACGUAAGUAGUUCACUAUGAGAUGUAAAUUCCUGUGAUGCAGGUAAAUCAACUCUUUGUAACACCAUAAUCAGAAACUCUUCAACUGCGGCAUUUCCUUCUUGGAGACAGGCUGUAUCGCUGGUGAACCCAGCAGAGCUGAGAGGUGUCAGAAAAGAAGAAAUCAAGAUCAAAACCCUGCAGCACGAGGGCAUAAAAGUAUCAAUCUGGGUUCUUGCAGGCCAACAGGAAUUUUAUACCCUGCACGACCUCAUGUUUCAAGGAAAUCGAGGUUCUCUCUUCCUGAUAAUCUCCAGUUUGUUCCAAAAGCCUGCCAACAAGGAAGAGAGAAGACUAACAGGACUGGAAGAGGAUCUUCUCCACUGGCUUAGGUACAUCGCUUCAAACACAGCAAGGGCAAAACCGCAGUCCAUAUUACCACAUGUAACCAUUGUUCUCACUCACUCAGACAAAAUUUCCAAGCACUCCGAAAACAUGCUACCAAUCGUUGAUUUAGUUCAUAAUCUAAGAGAAAGAUUUAGAGGAAUUGUGGAGUUACACGCGACAGUUUUCACGGUGGAUGCAAGAAGUACUCGGUCGGUGAGCAAACUCACACAUCACCUGCAGAAGACUGUCCAGACAAUAAUUCAAAGGGUCCCACAGGUUUACCAACUGACAAAUGACUUCAUAAAGAUUCUGCAGAUCUGGAGGUCAGAGAAUGAAAACAGACCAACAAUGAAAUGGAACGACUUUGGUGAGUUAUGCCAGCUCAAAGUUCCACUCUUGAGGAUCCGAACAAGGCAUGAUACUAGACAGGUUGAAUCACAGAGAUGUGAAGUUGCAAAGUCUCUGCACUAUAUGGGUGAGGUGAUUUUCUUUGAAGAGCUUGGAUUUCUGAUCCUAGACUGUGAAUGGUUCUGCAGAGAAUUCCUUGGCCACUUGAUAAAACUUAAGCCAGGUAACAAGAAUACAAUGGACAGGAAUGGAUUCAUGAGCAGGAAAGAACUGGAAAAGCUUCUAAGAGGAAGUAUAAAUAGUCAGGAUAUAGAAGAAGACGAUCUCAUUCACAUGAUGCUAAAGUUAGAAUUAUGCUAUGAACUACAUCCUGGGGAUCGCAAUUCACUGCUAUUUGUCCCAACAAUCCUUGAAGGAAGCAGGGUUAAAACUCGGAAAUGGCAACUAACUAUAUCAGAAUGCUUUUACGUAGGGCGGAAGCUGGAAUGUGACAAUUCCUGCCAGACGUAUUUUGGACCAAGCUUUUUCCCAAGGUUACAGGUAGGGGAAACCUUUACAUAACUACAGAUUUUAACUUCAAUGUAUCUCCUAUGUCAAGUAUACGUGAAACUUUGAAAAGAAGCGGAAGACACAUACGAAAAAAACAGUCUGUGACUAUUGAGUUGUAGCAUAAUUGGAACUGGGGAUAACUAAAAAAAAGAUGCCAUCAUUGAAUAUCAUCUUUUAAAGACAGAAAUGCUGAUUUCAAACAUAUGUUCGUUAUUUCCGUGCUUUCCUAGGAUACAGAUAUUGGGCUCGUAUGAGUGAUACUAUGAAAUGUGAUGGUCAAUUACAUUAAAUAAAAAACACGAUGUAAUGUCCCAACAUAGCAUGCAUGCAUUUCAAAAAAUUAGAUUAGAUCUUGUGAUCAUUUGAAAUUUUAAAAAAAUUAAACUUUCUUUCUAAAAAUGACAAGAGAAAAGGUUCUAACAUCAGUAUUUAACGAAAUUAGAAAUAUUACUAAUUAGUUUUGAUUGCUUGUUUUACUCAAAUCAAUAUCUACCAGUUUUCUGAACCUCCAGGUCCAUCUCUAUAACAAGCUACAAUCGAAGAACCCACACGCUGCAACUUACAAUCUAGAGAAGUACCUCAUCACAAUAACAAUCAAUGGAGUAGAUAUCAGGGUGGAGCUUGGUGGACAACCUGGUCAUUACAUUGACGUCCUUGCUUGCUCAACUAAGAACACAACUGAAAUACUAAGACUCCUCAUGCAGCUGAUCUUUCCAACAAUCCAAAGUCUUGCCAGUGGAGUCAGCCUUGUAGAAAAGAUUAUCAGGCCAGACUGUGUCCGGCAUCUUAUACCACACAGGUACAGGAAAGGUCAAGCUGUGCUUUUGGGGCAAUUGAAACAGGCAUUACUCUCUGUGCCAGCAGACAUGAUGUAUGACUAUCAGCACACAUGGGAUUCAGUAUCGGAUGGAAUUAGAAUAGUUUUACACUCUGGCUUUGACUAUGCUAGAAAUCUCCUUUCAGAUGACGAUUUUCAAGAGGUACUGCAUCAGAGGUAUUAUGACUUGCAUCAUCUUGCUGUGGAACUGUCUGUGUCCCUAGAACAGGCAGAGAGUGAAUCACAGGCACAUGUAAGUGAGCCUGAUUUCACGGUGGAACCUUCAGUAUCAGGUAUUGCGAAGGGUGUAGAAACAGUUUUACAGAGACUGAAGAUUAUAGAGCAUGAGAUAAAGGACCUGAGGCGAGAGAUAUACAAACUAAGAUAUUAUGAACACAUACUUCUGGUCGAACUACACAGGAAAAUAGAUUAUAUGGUCAACUACAACAUUCAACUAGAAGAGAGGAAAAUACCCAGGAUGUUCUACUUUAUACAGACAGAAGGGAACUCAAGAAGACUGGUCACAAGGCUGAUUUCGGGCAUGACAGAACUCCGUCUACACAUGUUGUGCGAGUUUCGUAGAGAAAUGCAUGUUGUGCAAGAUCAGGUAGGUUGUGAUCUUAUACAAGUAGAUAACCAGGCAGUGAAGUGCCUGCUUCCAUAUAUGAGUACAUUCAUGAAACUUGUGACCUUUGCCCUGAAGAUAGGAGUCCAUUUCGUGGCAGGAAUGGGGGAGAUGGUACCAGAUUUGGCCAGGGAAGUAGCUCAUCUAGUUAACGCUUCCCAUGUUUCUGAAAUGACAGCCUUCACUGCAGGGGUAGUAGGGACUGCUUUAAUCGCCGGGCAAGCUACAGGAAACAGAGCAACAGACAGGGGUGUACCCUUGGGCGGACGAAGUUUGGUAAAUUUUCGUCAUGAUGUAACUGCUGCUCAGCAGUGGCUCACUGAUUUCUUGAAGAAUCGGAGGAUUACAUCUGGAAAAGAUAUCGCAGAAAGGUUCGGUUUGUGGAGAGUAAGAUACCUUGACGAUGGGCACAUUGGAUGGAUUUGUAGGCAGCAUAGAGAAAGAAGAGCAUCUGAGGUCAUUGAUGUUCCUAGUUGA